CACUCCCAAGAGCAGAUUUGGUCCAUCCUCCAUUGCUUCCCGUCUCCCUCAACUCCAACCAGAGAAACCCGCAGUGAGCUCUCUCUAUCAGUCCAGAGUCCAGACCAGCAGUGAUCCUCUGGCUUUGCUUCUGCCGCUCGUGGUGCAUUUUGCUGAUUCAGUUUCCGUUGUUGAGAUUCGCUCCUCGUAACGUGGGACGACCGCCGUUCGACUGGUUUGAUCGGCUGCUGUGACUUCACCUUCGUCAGGACCCUAUCAGGCAACUAAGGGAUUUUGUCCAGCUUCUUCCCAGCAUCAUGGAUCACCUGGCUGACGAACGCGCGAAUGCAACGUUCGACGUGAGCGAGAUGAGCGGUGUGGUGUGGAACGGCCAGGAGCGCGUGGGCCGCCUCAAGCGCAUGGCGCAGCUCGUCGCGCAGGACCCGGUGUUUUCCCGCACGGACGGCUCGCAUUUGACGCGGCCGCAGGCGAUGAAGCGGUCGCUGCAGAAGGCGGCGCACAUGAUCAAGCGCGUCAGAGAGCUCGGCCUCAACGACGAGGAGCGGUACCUGUUCAAGCUCAUGGUGGACGAUAUCAACUUCUCCGACCUGCACUCGUACAUGUUCAUCCCCGCUAUAGAGGGGCAGGGCACGGACGAGCAGGGGCGCGCGUGGCUGCCGAGGGCGCGGGCGUUUGAGUGGAUCGGGUGCUACGCGCAGACGGAGCUGGGGCACGGCAGCAACGUGCAGGGGCUGGAAACCACGGCCACUUAUGUCCCGGAGACGGACCAGUGGGACGUGCACACGCCCACCAUCACCGCCACCAAGUGGUGGCCUGGCGGGCUGGGUAAGGCAUCCAACCACGCCGUGGUGUAUGCACGGCUCAUCAGCAAGGGCAAGGACCACGGCGUGCACGCCUUCCUGGUGCCCAUUCGCAGCCUGGAGGACCACAAGCCGCUGCCCGGGGUGUCGGUGGGGGACAUCGGGCCCAAGUUCGGCAACAUGGGGUACAACACCAUGGACAACGGCUUCCUCGCUUUCAACCACGUGCGCAUCCCCCGCUCCAACAUGCUCAUGCGGUACGCGAGCGUGGACCGCAGCGGCGACUACCACCGGGGCAGUGCGGCGGCGCGGCAGCUGGCGUACGGCGCGAUGGUGUUUGUGCGGCGCAGCAUUGUGAUGGAGUCGGGCGUGGCGUUGGGCCGCGCCGUCACCAUUGCCGCGCGCUACUCGUGCGUGCGCCGGCAGUUUGGCAGCGCUGAGGGCGGGCAGGAGAGCAAGGUGAUGGACUACCAGACCCAGCAGAUGCGCCUACUCCCCCUGAUCGCGUCGGCGUACGCGUUCCUGUUCGCGGGCAAGUGGAUGGCGGACCUGUACAGCGACGUGGUGGCGCGCAUCAACCGCGGCGACUACUCCACGCUGCCCGAGGUCCACGCUGCUACUGCUGGGCUCAAGGCGCUCACCACCGCUGCCACCGCGGAGGGCAUAGAGGAGUCCCGCAAGCUGUGUGGGGGCCACGGGUAUUCGCUCUUCUCUGCUCUGCCCCAGCUCUAUGCUGCCUUUGUGCCCACGUGCACGUAUGAGGGCGACAACACUGUGCUGCUGCUGCAGGUGGCGCGGUACCUGCUCAAGGCAGUGAGCCAGGCGUCAGAGGGAAAGAAGCCGGGGGGCACUGCAGCGUACCUGGGGGAUGCGAGCAACCUCUCUGCCAAGUGCACUGCUGAGACUGCCUCGGACUUCCUUGAAACAGCGGCGCAGCUGGCAGCGCUGCAGGCGUGUGCAUUCCACAAGGCCGUCUCGGCCGCCACAGCCGUUGCUGCUGCUCCGUCUGUUGAAAAAGGCUUCCUUGACAACAGUGUGGCACUGACGUCUGCCGCCGCUGCACACUGUCGCCUCAUAUCCGCCGCCAAGUUUGUGGAGCGAGUGCAGGAGCUGAGGGAUGAGGGGCGCACGAGCCAGGGCGUGGUGGAUGCGCUGCAGCUCCUGUGCAAUGUGUACUGCCUGCACCUCAUCGAUGCAUCCGUGGCUGACCUCAUGGCCGGGGAGUACUUCUCCCCGGACCACCCUGCUCUCGUGCAACAGCAGCUGCUCGCCCUGCUGCCACAGGUGCGGCGCAUCGCAGUGCCCCUGGUGGAUGCGUUUCAGUUCUCGGAUAAUUUCCUCAACUCCUCUCUGGGCCGCUAUAAUGGGGAUGUCUACACCGACCUUGUGAGCCGAGCCACUGCGGACCCGAUGAACAUCCCUGAUGUUAUCGAUGGAUAUGAAGAGUAUCUUCGCCCAUUCAUCACUCGCCAGGCUGCGCGACUCUAGGGCAGAUUCAUAGGGUGGAUAGGUUGGACGUGAAUACUCUGUUUUAUAAUAUGAGAUGGGUUUUUGGUUGGAUACGUUCACCAAGAAGGCAUGGCCUAUCAUAGGUUGAUGAUGUAUUAUCAAUUUACGUAAUGAUGAAAUAUA